AAAAAAAUCGGCAAACGAUUGAAACAAAUCAAAUCAAUUUCAAAAUAUAUUCAUCAAACGAUUAAAUAAAUAAAAAUGGCAGAAGAAUAUGAAAGAUUUGAGAUUACUGAUUACGAUCUUGACAAUGAGUUUAAUCCAAAUAGAAACAGAAGGAGACCAACAAAGAAACAACAAAUUUAUGGAAUUUGGGCAGAUGACAGUGAUGAAGAUGAAGGACAGGGAUCAGAAUUUAAGCAAUCAUCACGGAAAGGAGCCAAAGAUUAUACAGCACCAGUUAGUUUUAUAUCUGGUGGUGUUCAGCAAUCCGGAAAAAAGAAAGAAAAAGUCGAAGAGAAAAUGUCUGACGAUGAUGACGACGAAGAGGAUGAUAGGAGAUCUGGACUAAAAUCAAAUACAAUAAAGCAUUCAAGUGAAUCUGAAGAAGAAGUUCGACCGUCGUUUAAACCUCAACAGACAGCUGGAAUGAGACAAAGUCACAGGGGAUUGUCAAACAAAGGACUUGGUGAUUGGGAACAGCACACAAGAGGCAUUGGAGCUAAACUUUUACUUCAAAUGGGUUACCAACCAGGCAAAGGUUUGGGUAAAACUCUCCAAGGUAUCGCAGCUCCUGUUGAAGCACAUGUAAGAAAAGGUCGUGGAGCCAUCGGUGCUUAUGGUCCUGAGAAAAAGACAAAACCAUCCGACUUAAAAGCAUCAACAACAAAGAAACAAGAAAAUAAAAACGAAAUUGAAUCAGGUGAAGGUGGGAAGAAGCAAUGGUCGAAAAGUACUCGAAAUAAUAAACGUCACAAGUAUAAAAGUGUUGAAGAUGUUAUAGAGAAAGGGAAGAAACCUGAAUACGUCUUCUAUGAUACAAUGAGUAGUAAAGCUGAUAAAGUUACAGUCAUCGACAUGACCGGACCAGAAAAGCGAGUUUUAAGCGGUUAUCAUGCAUUAAGACAGUCAAAAGUAUCAAAUGAAGAUUCUCUCGAUUCCAAGUCAGCCUCUGAUUUGAAAUACUUUCAAUUGCCUGAACUUAUGCACAAUUUAAAUAUUAUUGUGAAUAUUUGCGAGCAAGAUAUCAUUGCAAAUGAUAAACGUCAACGUAAUGCUGAAGAUCGUCAUAAAAGUUUGAAAAAUGAACAAGAACAAUUGGAGAGAAUUGUGACACUUGAAAGAAAAUAUAUUGAGACAUUAGAAGAUGUGAUGGAGCUUGUUGAACGUCUUACGAAUGCAGACGAUCCACCAACACUUGAAGAAGCUGAAAAAAUCUUCAUUGAAGUCAAAGUUAAUCAUCCAAACGAGUUUAAAGAGUUUAAUUUGGGUGAUUUAGCAUCUGGCGUGAUUGCACCGUUGAUCAGUGCUAAAUUAAAGAAUUGGAACGCAUUAAGACAACCAACAGAGCCAGUAAGUGUUAUUAAGAAAUGGGCAGACCUUCUUGGUUACUCAAAACUCAAUUCAUCAUCAACAACUGUCUUUGAUCCUUAUCCAGCUCUCAUCUGGUCGUGUAUCAUUCCAUUCUUUCGUGUUGCUGCAGCUGAAUGGAAUCCUCGUAGUCACGCACCAAUGGCAGCACUUUUAGACACUUGGUCAUCUCUUAUUCCCGAUUGGAUGCUUGAUAAUGUUCUCGAACAAAUCAUUCUUCUUCGUUUAGCACAAACUGUCAAUGAUUGGGAUCCAUUAACUGACAUUUGUCCAAUCCACACAUGGAUUCAUCCAUGGACAAAUAUUCUCGGAACAAAAAUGGAAGAAAAUAUUUAUAAGACGAUUUGUGAGAAGUUAAGCAAAGCUUUGCGUGCUUGGAACCCUCAAGAUCGCUCAGCAUACGCGAUGAUUCUUCCUUGGAAGAAUGUUUUUCGUGAUGAAGACCUUCAAAUGUUCCUUCAUAAAAACGUUGUUCCCAAAUUAGAACAUCGGAUGUCGGAGAUCGUCUUCAAUCCAAUACAACAAGAUUUAGAAAUCUUCAAUCAAGUGUGGGAAUGGAAUGAAUUGGUGUCAUCACUUGUCAUGGCAAAUAUUCUCGAUAAAUAUUUCUUUCCUAAAUGGAUGCAAACACUUGUACUUUGGUUGAAUCAAUCACCGAAUUUUGAUGAAGUUUCACGAUGGUAUUCAGGAUGGAAAGGAAUGUUUAGUGACGCGGUGUUAAAGCAAACAAAUGUCAGUGAACAUUUUCGAAGAGCUUUGGAAUUGAUGCAACGUGCAACGGGAAUGCCGAUUUCUAUAUCUUCUGAAUCAGCUGAUUUGAAACCGCCGCCUUUGAUGGAUCUCAACAUUCUUCCACCACCUAAUUUAGAAUUCAAAGAAAUGGUGUCGCAAAAAUGUGCUGAACGUGAAAUUAUUUUCGCACCAAUGCCUGGACGGAGAGAAAAAGGGAAACAAGUUUACAGAAUUGGAAAACUUUUCUGUUACAUUGAGAAGUCAGUUUGUUUUGUCAGUCUUGAUGGUGGAAUUAAUUGGAUGCCUAUUUCACUUAAUACUUUACUUGAUAAAGCAAUCACAGGUUAAACCAGUGGUUCUCAAACUUUUCUCGAUUCCCGAUUUUAAUUGAAUUGAAUAUGAGAGGAUUUUAAAAGAUGUUUUAUGUGUCAUUUUCAAUUAUAACAACCGCGAAUAACAAUGUUAAUAAAGAAAGCAAAAUAAACUACAAUUUAAAUUCAAA